AUGGCGUCGGAAGAGCUCGCAAAGAAGCUUCAGUCGCGACUGGCCGCAUCAGAGGAGACCGAGCAGAGGCCGGAGCUCGAGGAGACCAUCGUCACGACCAAAUAUCAGGAGUCCGAAGCAGCUUGUGGCGACACUUCGUCCGAGCUGUCUGCGAAACUAAACCGACGGCUCGACAUAAACGAGGGCAACGCUCCCCCUCGGGCUAGCCGCGUCUUCAACCCCUACACGGAAUUCAAGGAGUUCUCCCGAAAGCAGAUUAAGGAGAUGGAGGUGAUGUUUAAACGAUAUGACACUGGCAAAGAUGGAUUCAUCGACCUAAUGGAGCUCAAGCUGAUGAUGGAGAAGCUUGGUGCCCCACAGACUCACCUGGGCCUGAAGAACAUGAUCAAAGAGGUGGAUGAGGACUUUGAUGGAAAACUUAGCUUUCGAGAGUUUUUGUUGAUCUUCCGAAGAGCAGCAGCGGGGGAGCUGCAAGAAGAAAGUGGUCUCAUGGCGCUGGCCAGACUGUCUGAAAUCAACGUCUCCACCGAGGGAGUGAGUGGGGCCAAAGACUUUUUUGAAGCUAAGAUGCAGGCACUGUCUGUGGGCAGCAAGUUUGAAGCCGAGAUCCGCGAGGAGAAGGAAGAACGCAAGAAGCAGGAAGUGGAGAAAAAAGAGAGGCAAGCUGCCUUCAAACAGCUGCAGUCGGCUUUCUGCUCAUGACGCUCGGACAGGAAGCAGACGGGCAAUCCUGAAAAUGCACAUUCAAAAGUACAUUCACGUUGCAGAUAUUCUUAAAUGAUAACACUCAAAAUUUGGCACUUUAUAACAAAGUUAGUUCGACACUCACUUCAAUAUUUGAGCAACGAUAUUAUUAAUUUUGUUUUACAAUGGAAAGGUGAAUGCACUACAUCCGAUAAGAAAACAAGUGGGGACCAGUCCAGAUGCGCGGAUGUCUGUGAGUGUGCCAUUGUCUUGCAUUUUCACCCGAAAGUCAAAAUAUUCAUUUUGUGCUGUAUUCCGUAAACACUGUAAAGUGUAUGUUGUCUCGCAUCCCCUCAUUGGCUUCAAUGUACUAUUGUGUGUAUUGGGUCUACGAAGUGUGACGUUUCAGUUUGGUCAUGUUUUCACCCUCACCUUGUUUUUUUUUUUUUUCCUCCCUCCACAAUAGCAUUCGAAAUGUGUGAAUAUUUGCAACAUUCAGUAUGUGUGUUUAUUUGACUAAUAUAUUGAGAUAUAUGUGUGUGUGACAAUAUUGCCUCACUAGGCUGGUAGGGAAGAAAGGCCUUACAAUGUUAGCGCCUGAAUCGUAAGUCUAACAAUACCAUUCUGGCCUGAGUCAUUUUUUUAUCUUACUUUAUUUAUUAUUAUUAUUAUUAUUAUUAUUAUUUUAUUUUUUUGUGCCCGAAAUCAUUUCUUGAUGCUGGCCACCUCUGAUGAAAACGCCUAACAUCUGGGGUGUCCAAACGUUUUUGUUUGGGGGCCAUGUGCAGAAAAAUGGAAGGAUGAAAGGGCCAUUUUUAAAUUCUUCAACUUUUUGAAACACGCGAAAGUCAGUCAGCAAGAAAGCAAUUAUAUAUUCUAUAUUCUUUGUAUUCUCUAGUUAAUUCCAUCAGCUUUCUGUUAAAGGUGUUAAGGCAAAUAGUUGAGGAUCUUUCCAAAUUUUUGGGGUGGCCAACAGCCGUCUCGCUCCCAGAGUAGAUCCAGCUCUACACUAAAUAGCAGCCGCCUCCCAUUGCCACAUUCAGAACAACAACAAAAAAAAAAAGAACAAAUUGUAGUCAAGUGACCACUUUUCAAACAGUUCCAUGUACUUAAUGAUCAUCAAUGUGAUAUCUUCAUAACACAUGAGCCAUAGAGCACAAAGUGGAAGAAACACAUUUUGCCUCUAAAAUUGAAUUAUCUUUAUUCACUACAGAAUUUUGAAGAUAAAUUGUGUCAUAAAUGGUUUAUUUGUAUCUUCCACUAUAGAGAAGUUCUACAGUAAUGGCACCUAUUUUUGUGACAACCUCCCUUCUCACUCUGCCCACCUUCACCUUUUUUAAAAUAAUCUUGCAGCCCAUUCAAAUAUCAUUUUUAGUUUUUUGGGUCUUUUUUUUUUGGUCAUGUCGCUGGCCGCUGAAAAAUGGAUGGCGGGUCACAAAUGGUCCCCGGCCCAUAAUUUGGAAACCUAUGACCUACAUCACUCCAUUCCCCCCCUGAAAUUAAAUUUUUCAUAAAUAUAUUCCAAAUUUGUUUCAGUGGGUUGUGUUUUCUAAUAAAACUGAAAAAAAAAAUGACUCAAGCUGUUAUUUUUAGAAUGGUGACUAUUAACUAAAAUAGCCUGAAGCGGUAGUGGGCAAUUUUUCAAAUCAUACUGUUGGACGAAUGUAAUAAAUAUUUUGAGUGCACUCAGCAUUCAAAGUCAGAAUUGAUUUGCUUUUCAUAAAUAUUAGCAGUGUGUAUUUUUUUUAACAGUGACAUGACAACUGAUACCACGAUUUCAAUGUUUGUUUGGAAAUGGAUUCAUCCAGGGUUGUCCUAGCUUAGCAUACGGUUGUCCUAGCUUAGCAUACGGAACUGGAAGCACUUACAAUCUUGCUCUUAAAGGGAAAGUCAAAUUAAAAAUGUGGUUUAUGCGCCCCCACUAGUCCAAACACAGUCUUGUAGACACGGUAGACCACCUGUUUUCUGGGGUUGGUCAUGUGAUGUCCACAAGCUGAGCACUGAGUCGCUGUGACAUCAUUUUCAGUCGACAGCAAGUAGCAAAAUGGCAGCAUCCUAAGAUGGAUAAAAACAUCGGCCAAAUUCAUCUUCCACAUACGCAAUAUUAAUCAGAAUGCCGUGUUUAGACUUGUGGACAAUUCAGAACAUGUAAAGAAAGUUUUUGACUUCCCAUUUAAUAAUGCUGCUCAUGAUUUUUUUUUCGCACAGCAAUUGGCACUUUGUAUGUCUGAUUAAAUUAUUCACAGUUAUGGAAAUUUAAAACGCAGUGUUUGCUGCUGGGUGGCCUCUGUCUUCUGUUUCAAUGAUAAGUUAGAUCAUCCCAAAAAAAACAAACAAAGUCAUCGGUGCUCUUCAUUGCAUCGCAUUCACUCAAAAUAUUUUGGAAUCCAAUAUUUAAAUCACUGACCAGAGUCCAUGUUGAUUGCAGAAUCUUUUGUCAUCGCCCUUUGGAACUUUUUUUGUAACUUAAUUUAAUUGCAUGUUAUAAUUCAAGAAUUGAUCAAGCGUUUCUGCAUUCCUAGCUAUUUUGGGCAGCUUACUUGUGUUAAGUUUACGUUGCUUCUGAACAGUGAUGGGCCAUCAGGACCAGGUAGGCCUUUUCUACUUACUGUUAAUGUAAAUUAAGGUAUUUUUUUCCAUUAAAUCACUAUAUUCCA